AUGCGAUGUUCUUCUGUUUUGGGCUCUGGCAUGUAUUGUUGGUUGCCAACCGCGAGUGGAGCAGACAAGGUAGUGAAAGGAGGAAGUUAUGAAGAAAGAAAGGCUAGAGUGUUUGGAAAUCCAGAAAGCGUAAAAAUAUACUUGUGUCCUAAACCCUAUCCGGAGGAGAAUUUGGAGUUUCUUAAAUCACAGAAUAUUCGUCUAUUUCAAUUUGGAAUUGAGGGGAAAACGGAAGUUUCUUUACCUAUUCUCAGUGAUUCUAUUAUGGAGGCUUUGAAAAUUUUACUUGAUGUGAGAAAUCACCCUGUUUUGAUUCAUUGCAAACGAGGAAAGCAUAGAACAGGUUGUGUAGUUGGUUGCUUCAGAAAGAUGCAGAACUGGUGUCUGUCUUCUGUGUUUGAGGAGUACCAGCGCUAUGCUGGUGCUAAAUCCAGGACAGCGGAUUUAACAUUUAUAGAGAUGUUUGACAUCAUAAAUCUUAGGCAGUGCCUCUACAUCAUCAUCUACCAGUAUCAAGGUGCUUCAAAGAAGCGCAGAUUGAUGUAUCAAGGCGAGACUACGCAGAAGCCACCCCGUUUGACAUCGUUUUAGCUGCUGCACUGGCUAUCAACUCCAUUUUUGGAUUUGGUAGAGAACUCAUACUUCAAAGUAAUUUUUUGGAGUCUUGAACAUAUAUCCUUAGGGUUUUUAAAG